AGUUUCUUGAAUUUAAUUGUCUCUCCGCGUUUAGGAUAUGAAACUUGCUGUGAUUGAAACUUGGAACAAAGCUGUUCAUGUUUCAUCAAAUUUGCUUUACCAUCAUAAUUUUUAGAAUUGACCGAUGUAAAUCUAUGGAAACAGAAAUUACAAAUGUGUACUUGUCCAUGGUGUUUUGAAAGGUGGGAGAGAAGACGCAAUAGCCCGUUUUUCCCGUUCGCGGUAUUUACUAAACAGAAAUGAGUUUUUCCUGCAUCACCUUUUAGCAUUUAAAGGUUAAUUUGGUGCUUACGAGUGCAGAAAAUGCUUGUGCAGUAGGGGAAAAACUUUUUGUUGUCAUACGCGAUGACGUGAAUUGCAAUAUCCGGAUUUAGCAUUUCAAAUUUCUUAAUAUCGCGUGUCAUCACCAGGAAAUUAACUCCUCGCGUAUUAAGUGUGUGAGCAAACUUGCUCAAAUAUUUUACAUUCAAGUCCAAGUUCCUUGGUUUCUGAUGGAAAUACGUGAGCACAGACCAUAAAAAGCAUUUUUCGUCAGACAGAUUUUUGACAUUUAUAAUACAUUUUUUGUUUUUAAGAAAUUGCGGUGUUUGAAUGAAACUGGAUGUUAAGAUUGGAUUAAAUUUAAUCACGUUCACAUCCAGUGACUCAAUUUUCUUCAAAACCCAACCGCUGCCAUGUCGAACAAAGUUGUCAAAUGAUGACAUGAUUUUUCUCACAGCCAACAUGAAAUGAUCGUUAAAAUCUUCAUAGUUCUCAAGCAUGUUUAGCGCUAUGUUGGAGUAACUAUGAAGAUUUAUUAGAGAUGAGACAGUCUCACCAACUUCAUCAUCCAUCACCACUAAUUUAUACAACAAAACAUUCAGCAUGAUGAACCACUUCACGUUUGCGUCAUGGCGUGCUGCGUGCUCCCUAAUUAUAUCGAAAACACGCCGUUUCGAUCUCUCGAGCACGUUUUCGAUAUUGAUUUCCUCAGGAUUGUUGAUGGUUAUGCGAUGACGCACCGCUGCGGAAUUGACACCGUGUAGUCUGCGUUCCCUCGGCAUGAUGUUAGAUUCUGAAAAACAAAAGAAUAACGAUCAGGAUGACAUAGAGUUUCAUGCAUGUUUUUAAAUCAGUUGUGAAUUGGCAUUGGUAGAAGAAGGCUGUGUGUGUGUGUGUGAGAAUGAUAUCUCAAGAUCACAUAAUGUUGUAUGAAAGAUUAAGAUUAUUAUCUUUUGAUAAAAGAUGGUCGAAAUCUUCUCCGCGGAAAACAUGGCGGAAGAGGGAUUUAUAUUCUCAUCUGCACCAGACAUUGUGCAAUGUGUAUUUUGUUCAAUUUGUUUGGGAAAAUGGGAAGAAAGUGACAUACCAGCAAUAGAGCAUGCAAGCUGCAGCCCGAACUGUAGAAGGAAAGAUAAUAUAACAAUUGAAGAGGAGAAUUUCGAUAAUAAUAUUCUACGAGAAUAUGAAGAAAGAUAUUUAACUUUUAAUCGUGUAGAAGAUUCAUCUGUUCAAGGAGAGUAUUUUGAAAAGCAUCAUCUACAUUGUGACUUUUGUAAAUCAUUAUCCAAUAAAGCAGAGUAUUUUGCGAGAAAUGGUUAUUUCUUACAUAAAAAUCCAUUCUAUCUGCAAUGUGUCUAUUGCAAAUAUAUUAUCAAAAAUCCAUUUGAAAAAGUAAUGCAUUUACCGUUUUGUUUAUAUGAAGAGUGUGAGAAAGAAGAGCGGGGGUUGGAUGUUCCGGAUAUACCGUAUCGUAAAGAUGAGGUAAAAUCGCAUGCAUGCAGUAUAUGAAGGUUUUUUAUCCUCUGAGGACAAAAACUGUCCUCCGAGGACAAAAAUUGUCCUCCGAGGACAAUUUUCCUCUCCUCCACACAGGAUAAAAUCAAAGUAAAAUGUACUUACAUGUGAUGGCUGUGUGCUCGACUGUGUAGGUGGCUAUGAUUCCUCUCAGCUGUAGCUUCCUCUCAGGUGUGUUGCCUCAACGAGACCUCAACUGUUUAUGAGGUGUGGAACUCAAGUUGAGAAGUGAGAAAAUGCUGUGAAAACAAUGAAAUGAACUGAAAUCAAUCGAGAAUGCUAUUCAAAAAAUGUUUGAGUGAGCUCUAUGUUGUGAAAGAACUGAACUCAAUCGAGAAUGCUAAUAUGUUUGAGUGAGUUGACAUGGGGGAGAUUUUUUUCAACUUCUAGCAGGUGUUUUCACCGUCCCAUGCUGAGUUCUAGACGAGAUUUUUUUUUUCGUCUACUGACAGAUGGAUGCUAUUUGAAAAAUGAUUGAGUGUCAGUUUUUUGUAAUAGGAGAGAGAAUACUUACAUGUGGGAGCACGUGCUGUAGAGGGGAAUUUUUUUUUCGACUUGUAGCACGCUCUCGCUCGCAUGAGCCUGGAACAGAGAGAGAAACGUAUGCUAUAUAAACAGAAGUGAUGAGAGGAAAAUUAUCAUUUACAUCUGACCCUACUUUGAGUAAGCAUGAGUUCUCCAUCAUACAUCCUCCCGGAUAGCCCGCCGAAGCGCAUGCUCAACUAUUGGCAGCGCAAAGCUGCCGAGACGUCCGCUGCUGCUGCUGCUGCUGCUGCUGCUGCUGCACCCGCCCCGCUGGAUCCAGCAUCACCAGGCGGGGAGAUUAUCAUCCCAGACAGCCCUAUUCAUCGCCUGGCUCCACCUACCACCUGGGCUCUGCGGCGUGUGGUGCUAACAACAGUGAGCAACAAGCAGAAGCAGGCGAAGAGGAGGCUGCUGUUUGAGGAGGCUGAAGUUAGCGGGGAUGAGGAGGAGGAGGAGGAGCAGUCAAUCUGCUCACAAACAAAGAAACGAGCUGGAAUGGAGCAUGACUCCUCACUUGCCCCACUAAUAAAGGAGGUGGAGGGCGCGGGAGAGUUGGACUUUGUCCAACUCAUAAACAAUCCUCAGCCAAAACCAUGGAUCCCGCUGAGGGAGUUAAAGGAGCACACUCCCUACCCCAUAGUUGGUGCGAGGGAACAGACGAACAUCCAUGGGCGUCUCAUAAUUUUAAAAAUUACCAAUGUAGUAGGAAGCAAAUCUACGAGUGAGGUGUAUUUACCUCAAAGAUUCGCUUCCUGCAUUGACACAGGAAAAAUUCAGCAUUUUAACAUUAAAUGUAAAAAUUAUGUGUUGCUGGUAACACAUAAGUCGCCAAAUUGGUCGGAUAUAAAAAUUGUUAAGCAAUAACAAUUUUUAUAUCUGUAUACAAUUCGUCAACCUAUGUGUUACGAAUUGUAUAGAUGAAUGUAUGUGUAAAAGUAGUGAAUAAAUUGUAAUAUUGUUUUUAUAAAAAUUGUUUUCAAUUCUUACCUGUUGUUGAUAAGUUCACAAUGAAUAGUAGAAACACACAGAAGAAAUGGUUCACCUGCUUACACUCUGUUGUGAAUGAUAUUUAAAUAAGGUGAGCGCACCUUUUAUAGUUUGUUGCGAGCAUGCUCAGUAGUCUUUACUGCUACACAGACACAGACUCACACACACA